AUGCCUCCUGACCCUGAUCUCGUGCAGUCGGUCUUUGAACGAGACGAUGACGACGAGGACACGUGUUGCGCCGUCUGCGGCGUGCUUCUGGACCGGCCCAAUGAGACAGAUAGCUUGGUCUACGCCUGGUUUGAAACAAUCGCAUUCCGCUUCGUGGACUCUCAGCUCGAGACCUUCUCACGAGAAGAGGUGGGUUUUCCAUGGAGUGGUGACGAAUAUCCAACAAACUGUGUCCAUAAUUGCAUGGAUGACUCGCCUAUUAUUGCCGUGCAUGUUAAGUGCUUCGAACUCCUGCAGAGGCUCGUACGCUCAAGGGAAAAGCAGCAAGAUGCAGGUGAUGAACCGCGAUCUCUUGAAGACUUUUGGAAAGUCUUCUGCAGCCGCAUUGAUGAUUACAAGCGCGGACCCUGCGGUCUGUUACACAGCUGGAUGUGCCAGCCCAGGAUCCUAGAACCUCAUGAAUACUACUUUCCCGCUUCCUGGGACACUUCCAACGAGCUGCAAUGGCCUACAGGCCAUCCCGAAGCCGAGGAAUUCGAGAUCGAGCCAUUUCCUAUCUCUGGACUAACCACGGCCAUAUUAUCAUUUCUGCAACCUCUCCCGGCGGGCCUUAGGACAUCUCACGUGGAAUACCUAACCGGAGCGGGCGCGGAAGCGGAGAUUAAGCUGCUGCGAUCACGACCGUUUGUGAAUCCGCCAGAGGAAUGUGUUCGCGCCCUACCGCCGACCUGUUGGCGAACCCUCGUGAUGGAAAGGCAUAUAUUUCCGUGGCUCUGGGAUCUCGAACACGCCUGUUUGCAAAUUACACCUCCGCACACUACUGAAAACCUCUCGGACGGUUCCCUGGCCUCCUACGAGGCGGAAAACUUCUGGGACUGGGAGUUGCUGGCUCGCCAACUGGCGCAGGUUGACAUUUUCCGGGAGGGAAGUCGAAUGGAGAGCGCACCACUGGGGCUACGAAACCGGCGAAGGAUCUGGAGAUUGCUAGAAGAAGCUCGUAUUGAUGACAUUGAGCCGUAUGCUGAUCGGAAAAUGUGGCAGAAGCAUUACAGAGACUAUGGUUGGCCAACGUGGGCGAAGGACCUUUAGUAACAUCUGAAGAAUAUCGGAGACAGAAAAAUCAUAGUCUGUGACCAUUUAGGAAGAUUCAAUAGGGCAUUCAAUCUGGACGUAGAGUUUGUCAUCGCCACAUUCGGUCGAAGCUCCAUCCCCCUGGUUGUAAACCAAUCGCGACACACAGGAGAAGGAAACUCCCCCAGAGCAGGUCACGGAACCUAGUUUAUCCGUGGCUGGUCCCUUGUAGUAACAGUUGGUAUACGUCUCCUGGACGAGAUCGAAUGGGCCCAAUGAUGUCGGGUACUGGGUAUCAGCAUCCCAGUAGUAGUCCUCUGGGCCGUAGACGAGCCCCUCCUCCUCACAGAUAACCGCCGGGUUAUAGCCAUGGUCGUACGUGGUCUCAUACGCCACCAAAUACCUUGCAUACUUUACCCAAUCCCCGGCAAGUCCGUCUUGACAACCUUGAACAUAAUGGACAGUGUAUUCGGAGGCCGGAUCGGACGGCCGUUUUCGUCGACCUGGGCCGUGAGGGCAGUAGCAGCCCGUUUCUUGGUCGACGCAUCAAGUGCCCAGCUGAGCUCAAUGGAUUUGGCGCAGGGGUUGUUAUCGCCAUGGAGGUCGUACUUGGUAAUGAGCGCUUGAAGGGCGUGGCCCAUGCUUUGCCAUGUCUCAACGUCUUUGGCCUUUUGUGCCGCCUGCUUCCCUUUUUCAAUGCCGGUUGCGAGAUCGUUUGUGAGUAUUCCGACCUGUGUCUUGGUGACCUCCAUCAUUUGUCCUAGACGAGUCGUGAUUAUCCAUUGUCGGUAUUUGGCUGCGAGGUCUUGGUUGAUGGAAUAGAUGGCGUUGUAGAUCCGGUUGUUGGUAGCAUCCAGAGGGCCAGGGAUAUUUUCCAAGGUCCAAAU